AUGGCAGUUCUCAAUAAACUUUUCAUCGCCCUCGUUGCCGCUACGAUCUCAGCAAACGCAGGGUUAAUCCCGACGUCCAUCCCGACGUCCAUUCCGCUGCCUACUACCCUUCCAUCCAUCUCAAUCCCGGGUAUAUCAACCUCUAUUUCGAUCGGUUUGACACUCCCGACGGGUGCGAUCCCUCUUGAGGACGCGGGAUCCGAGUCGCUUUCUCUGCCAAUACCGUUACCGACGUCCAUCUCUCUGAGCCUUCCUCUGCCGCUACCAACAGACACGACCAUUUCCCUUGACUUGCCACUUCCGACUGGAAUCAAUCUUUAG